AUGAAGUACGUUGCUGCUUACCUUUUGGCCAACUUGGGAGGCAAAACUGAUCCUUCAGUCCAAGACCUCUCCACCAUCCUCGGUACGUUAUUGUUUAUGAUCUUGUUGACUUUUAGAUUGCUUUAACGUUACGCUUCUUUAUUGUUUUAUUUGUAGGGUCCGUCGGAGUCGAAGUUGAGAAACAACAGGCCGAGACUGUUGUCAAGCUAUUGAACGGCAAGAGUAUCGAAGAAGUUAUCGCCGCCGGACAAUCAAAAUUGGCCACCGUCCCCUCAGGAGGUGCUGCCCCAGCCGCCGCCGCCGCUCCAUCUGGUGGAGCUGCUCCCGCCGCUGAUAAGCCAGGUAAAUUAUUGUUUUAUUCGGAUGUAAAUUAGGGAAUAAGGCGAGCGAUUCGCUGUUAUUCGAACACGGCAACCUACAAAGCUUUGGUUUUGCUUCUUGUAACUAAAUGCAUAAAGGAGGGGUUUUUCGUUUAGUUUUAAGGGAAAAGCAGCUUUCGUACAGCUUUGCAUUAAAAAUUUUGAUUGAAAAUGUAUCCCAUAUUAAUCUUUCAAAUUUCAGCCGCCAAGAAGGAGGAGAAGAAGGAAGAGUCAGAAGAGGAGGACAUGGGCUUCGGUCUCUUCGAUUAA